GCCGUCGUCUGCUCAUCUGCCAACAUGACCAUUCACAUAAAGAACAUCAAGGUCAGGCCGAAGAAGAAAAUUCAGCGGACCCCAUGCAUUUACCAGUUGAACUCAAUGUUGGGCUGCUGGGCGGCGCACGGCGACCUCAUGUCUACGAAUGAGUGUGCGAGCCAUGCAACUAUGCUGUUUGAGUGCAUGCGGACAAUGCCUCCAGCAAAGCCGCAACACAAGCCUACGAUCAACUAUCACCUUUCUCGUCUGGGAAAUCGUAUACAGUGAUUACCAUGCACUCUUCCCGUACACUACUAGCCUUUUCCGGCAGGCAUAUAAUUGCAGGCAAUAUAGCGCGCCAUGUCCACACCUCA